GAUCAGUUGACACCAUUAAGGCUCUAACCGAAGCUCAACCAAAAAAGAAGAAAAAACUUCCGGUGCAUGUCUAUUUCUCCUUUAGCAUAGUCAUCAACGAGAGAUACAAUAGAUUACCAGAUCUGAUCAAGGCUGUCCCUGAAGACAGGUUGUUGAUCGAAUCGGAUUUUAAUUCUCCGGUUGGACUGGAUGAUUUGAUGGAGAGAAUUGUUAGGCUUGUUAGCAAUGUUAAGGGAUGGACACCUGAAUUUACUGCUGAAAAAUGCAGGGAAAAUUUUUCGAGGUUCAUUGGAGAGUCGCAAUGA